AAACAAACUUCAUAGCAACUUCAAGUGCACACCGCUAAUCAGAAACCUAAACCUUGCAAUUUUAAGACAAGAGAUAUGGCAUUCUUUGGCAUAACCCAAUUGGGUUAUCAGAAUACAAUCCGUGAAGGAACGAUCCCAGCCAAAAUGGAUCCUAUUCGCUCAAAAACCCAAAUUGGAUUUGUAGCCCUUCCUCCCUUGAAGGAAAAAAAUCCCCCCAGACGAUCUAUUGUUCCCAUUGAUCAGGUGUCCGGUUAUGGACCUGGACCACAAGGUUCAUAUGGGGAAUACACAAGGAUGAGGACAAAGCAUAUCAGGAAUCCGAAAGAGCCCUUUGAGAUUUACCAAUUCCCCCUUCACACAUCUAGAGAGGUAGGCUGGUGGACAAAGGAGGCACCAUUGAAACAAAACCAGCCCUGGACAUACGUUCCCCGCCACGUUCAUGUCAACAGUGAAAUGACUAGAUUUGUGAAUGAGAUGAGCCUUACCAACAGGGAGUUUACCUUGUUUUAAUAUUUCUGUCAUAAUAGUCAUAAAAAUUUACAUCGAGCCACAGUACAGCAGAAUAAAUGUCUGAGGAUUAAAUGGAUAUAAUAGCAAACAAGAUCUGAUUCAAUAAUUUAAUAAUAGCAAACUUUUACAUUUUGUUCUUUAUUGACCUUUGUUUAUUGCACCAUGUGCAGUCAAUUUUAAAAGCAUUAUUUCAUCAUAAUGUUCCAAAUACCAAAUACUAAUAUUUUUAUAAUUUACUUGUAUUUUUUUUUUACUCAGAAAAAAUUGUAACACUAUUUAAUGAUUGACAUAAUAUGCAUGUUAUACACAUUUGAAUGUUGUAUUUAUAUAGUCUGUUUGUGUAAAUCAGAGAUGGACAUAUGAUUAUGCCUGUUUUUCUAUCUUUACCCUGGUUUAUUUUCUUAUAUCAAUUUCAAACAGUUUUCAAGAAAACAUCCUCAAUUUUGAAAUGCAUUGGAACAAUUUGUACAUUAAAUUUACUCUUUUAUAAGAAAAAUCUUUUGGAGUUUCUCAACAUUGUAGUUUAUCUAGUUGACCAUUUUAUAUUUUAUGUUGAUUAGAUAUUUAGAAUUUAGUGUUGUAAACACAAUCAUGCAAGAAUUUCUUGAUUUCAUCUAGUAGAGGUAAUGAGUGAAAAAUCUUUUAUAAGACCAUUUAAAUUAAAAUUCAUAUCAAUUUAUCAAAUCAUAACACAAGUACCUCAAGUUCCUAGGGUAAACUACCAAAUAAAUUACUUGUAUUUAUGAACAAGAGCAAAUUCAGUUUGGGGGACUAAUUCUUGACAAAACUACUGAAUUUUAUUUAUGUCAUCAGCCUCUUAAUUUGCAAAUUAAUUAAUUUCGAUUGUGAACUAUAGUGUAGCAGGUCAGUGUAUGUGUUUAUUUUGUCUGAUGUGAACUAAAUCACAAAAUCUGCAAGUGUUUUGCUGUUGACCCUUUUGCACAUAUCGCUACUUUUUCGGCUUUUUGUUGAUGUAACUUUAUUAAUUGCUUUUAUUUCUUUACUUAUACUUCUUUAAGAAUCAUGUGUUCAUGUCUUUGUUUUGAGAAAUAUUUGUUGUUUUAAUUCUCAAUAAAUCAAAAUUAUUACACCUU